AAGCGCAAGGGUGCUUAGUGGCCGGUCGACGGCGGAGAGAAUGGGAAAGCGAGAGAAGAAGCAGAGACACCAACGCGGAAGCAGUCGAGGAGGAGCCUCUUACCAUACCGGACAAGAUGAAGAUGAAGAUGAGGGAUACAGUUACGAACAAAAACCCCAACAUUUUGAAGAACCCGUUGACGACAACGAAGGAGAUGAAGAGGAGGAGGAGGAGGAGGAGGAAGAAGUUGAAGAAAACGAUGCAGACCCAUCUUUCAAUAUGCCCUCCAAGUUUCAUCUUUACCAACAAUCGGUACAGUCGCCAAAAGGAGACAUAAGCUAUAUGCAGAAGUUCUUUUUGAUGUAUGUGGGUGGAAGGUUGCCCCUUCAUCUCCAAGAGGAUUUCUGUGGCACUGCUCUUCUUAGUAAAGAAUGGCUGCGAAGUGAUCCAAGACGGACUGCUGUAGGAUUGGAUUUGGAUCUUGAGGCAUUAGAGUGGUGUAUGGAGAACAAUAUUGAUAAAGUUGGGGCUGAUGGGUAUUCCAGAAUAUCCCUCUUUCACGGGAAUGUCUUGAAACCUCAUGAAGCCAAAUUAUUGAUGUUCAAGCCCCAGGAGCUGAUAAGUAAGGUGCAAUUAAGGGAGACAGAUAAUGAUUUUGAGACUGGUUCAGAAGAUCUUACUUUGCAACAGGGUGCUACUGCUUCUGCAGAUGAUGAGAGAAUAAAGAGAAUCUCUUCACUACCUGCAAGGGACAUUGUGUGUGCUUUUAACUACAGCUGCUGCUGUCUCCAUAAACGUGCAGAGCUGGUUCAAUAUUUCAAGCAUGUUCUUGAUAUCUUGUCCAAAAAAGGUGGCAUAUUUGUGAUGGACCUAUAUGGAGGUACCUCAUCAGAAUGCAAGUUAAGACUUCAGAGGAGAUUUCCCAAUUUUACGUAUGUAUGGGAGCAAGCAGAAUUCGAUAUUGUUCAGCGUAUGACAAGGAUUAGCCUCCACUUUCAUCUGCAGAAGCAGCAGAAAAAACUUCGCCAUGCAUUUUCAUACAGCUGGAGACUGUGGUCAUUGCCAGAGAUUAAAGACUGCUUGGAAGAAGCUGGAUUCAAAUCAGUCCAUUUCUGGAUACGAAAGAUGCCAGACUCAGAUGAAAUGAGAGACACACAAGGAUUCGGUGCUGCACGAGACCUGAAAUAUGAAGAGGUCAAGAGUUUCCAACAGGAAGACUCUUGGAACGCAUACAUUGUUGGUGUCACAAAAUGAACAACAAAUCUCUAACCAUCAAGCUAACACUACAUUCAGCAUAAAACCCCGCUAGAUACCUUUUUCCUAAAGCUUUAAACUCUCCUUGCAAUUUGUUGUAUCAACUUGGUUUGGAUUUGGAACUUUGCAUUCUAGAAAUUGAAAUUCUAUCUUAUAACAAAUCGUUUUUAUUCCU